AUGACCUAUAAUCUUCGCUCGCGCACUCGCGCUAGAGCCAGCUCAGUUUCUACCCCCGCAAGUGAAAAAAAUGCACCGGUGAGAGACGCUUACGGAAAUUUUAUUGUUGAUAUUAUCACUCUAGCUCACAAGGCGGCACAGGGUUCUGGCCCAUCAGCUGGAACCCAAGCGCCUGCCGAAUCUCCGUUGACCUCGGUGGAAGGAUCCCCAGUGACCGAAGCCGAGAGUCCAUCCGCGUUGAGACCCAUCCGCUCGUAUAGCGAUGUGGUACGCGUGAGUAGCCCUGCCUCGGACCAGAGAGUCGAGCAGGAGAGUGUAGUAAACCUAAGUGGCAUUAACAUAGCCAAUGCAAAUGAGAGCACUCUGGCUGAAGGGACGACUGAUCACGUCACCUUCAGGACAGCCAAUGAGGACAGUGAAAGCUUGGAAGAGAGUAACGACGGUGAUGACCGUCCAUGGAUCACAGUGGACCGAAAGGGUCGCCGUGACAAGAAAGACUUAGCAGACCAGAUCAAAGAAUCUGGGGAGCUCACGGUUGAGCAAUUAAAAGUGGUGAAUGCGGCUAGGAAGAGCCUCACCGAGACUGAACGCCGAAGACUUGGUCGUCGUGAGGCUAAUGUCGGACAACGUGAGUCCACCCGUCCAACAACAGACACCGAGUCUAAGGGCAAAGGCGUAGACCCCAGGAACUGGGGUGCACUAGCACAUGAAGAUGAAAUUGACGUGGAGGAGCAACGUGUAGCCCUCGAAUCCUAUAAAACCACUAAGCAAAUGAUUGAUGAGCACAUAGUACAGUAA